UUCCAAGAAAUUACUGAUCACUUUUUACUUGAUAAUCUUUCAGAUUUCUCAUCUAUGAUUACUAUGCAACACAAAAAUAGAUUUAGCUACAACCAAGCUGUUAAUUACUCAUCAAUUGAAAUUUCGGGUCUAACAGAAAAUUCGAAGGAUAUUGUUGAUAAUCAUAAUGGACAAUAUAUCGUUAUAGGAAAGGAUGUUCAGAAAUCCUCAUUGAGCGAAAAACGAGGUAGCGAAUUGCAUGAAUCAAGCAGAGGUCCUUAUAUUUUUCGAGAUCUUGAAAGCUUGCCACCUAGAAGACAUGCUAUUACUUGGCUAUUGCCUGGAGAAGAAUUACAUUUGGACAAACGUGAAGAGCUUUGUAUGGGCUAUUUGUACCCUCUUAUAUUUGACGUUGUUCUUGGGUGUAUAUCAAAAAUCGAAAAAAUUGGAUAUUAUAAUGUUCGAGGAGGCUCAAAGAAUUCAAAUUUGAAAAUACAACCUUAUGGGAUUUCUAUUAAUUGCAAAGAUGUCCGCAAAGUCAGAUUUUUCCUCAAAAGAGAACUUCGCAAUCGCCGAGCAUUAUUCGAUUGUCUCAAAUUAUACUCAUUUCCUAACACCAAUAGACAGCCCUUCUUUGCCAAAAAAUAUAAAGAAAAAUUUCAAUUUGAUGGUUGGCUUUUAUUUGAUGCAAAUUCUGAAUUUAUUAGACAGAAAAAAUCAAAUGAUUCUUGGCGCCCUACUCUUAUCAAUAAAGAUUAUGAUUUUGCUGGAACAUAUCCAUCCCUUCUUUUUGUACCCAGCGAAGUUUUUAAAACUAAAUCCCCUGAUGAUUUUCUUCGUUCUGUUAGCAAAUUCAGAAGCAAAAAACGAAUUCCGGUUCUCUCUUGGAUUGAUUACCGCACUUCUGCUGCUCUGGUUCGUUCAUCUCAACCACUUGUUGGAGCAUUGUCGCGCAAAUCUGCCAGUGAUGAAGAUUAUCUGGAUAUGAUUGUCUCUGUAAAUCCAAAUUCCAAAUAUCUUCUUAUUUUGGAUGCAAGACCGAGUAUAAAUGCAAAAGCUAACAGAGCAAAUGGUGGCGGAUAUGAAAACUAUUCAAAUUGUCAACUUAAAUUUAUGGACAUUCAAAAUAUUCAUGUAGUACGUGAAAGUUUAAAAAAGUUAAAGGAUGCCUGUUUCCCAAGAAUUAGACAAAAACGAUUUCAACAAGCAUUGGAAGAAACAAAAUGGCUAGCACAUUUACAAACAAUUUUGGAUGCUGGAGCAUUGGCUGCUCGGGAAAUUUAUUUGCACAAAAAUUCUGUUCUCGUUCAUUGCAGUGAUGGUUGGGAUCGAACUGCGCAGAUCACUUCACUUACAAUGCUUCAACUUGAUCCUUAUUAUCGAACAAUUGAAGGAUUUUCAGUGCUUAUUGAAAAGGAAUGGUGCAGUUUUGGACACAAAUUUGCUCAUAGGAUUGGACAUGGUCAAGACAAACCUGAAGAUAAAGAACGUUCACCAAUUUUUGUUCAAUUUAUUGACUGUGUUUGGCAACUUUAUAAUCAAUUUACAUCAGCAUUUGAAUUUAAUGUCCGUUUUUUAAAAACUAUUUUGGAUGAACUUUAUUCUUGCCGUUUUGGAACUUUUUUGUAUAAUUGUGAACGUGAACGUAGUGAAUUGCAAGUUAAGGAAAAUACAAUUUCAGUGUGGUCUUUUAUUUUGGAGAAUCGAGAAUCUUAUGUAAAUGAUAAAUAUGACCCUGAGGCAACACUCGGUGAUUUUAUUCGUCAAAAAGCAAAAGUCUACCCUCGAUUUUGGACCGAUUAUUAUUGUCGUUAUAGCCAAUUAGUUCCAAAAGAAGAUGAGGAUCGUUAUUCUUUGUUUGAUCACGAUGGAUCAGCUGAUGCGAUGACAAUUUUGAAUGGAGAAAUUACUCGUUUUAAAGUUAUUGAUUCUGGGUCAAGUGAGAGUGAAGGAUUGAAUGAGCAGAAUGAAAGUAUUGAAAUUCCAAAAUUUCGUCUUUCCCCGGCUAUCUCUCCAACUUUUAGUCAACAAUUUUCUUAUAUGCCACAUGAAAGAGGUGUUCAGUCUAAUAGAUGGAGUCCGGCCAGAAUAUUGCAACAACAUGUUUGUUUUUAA